CAGUCCAUAAGUCCUGGCCGUCUAACUUGCGGACUUUGGUGGAGAAACGAGGAAUACUUGGUCGCCAAGAAACCCCCCUCCCUUUCUUCCCUCGCGCUGAUCGUUUCCUUCUCUCCAAGAGGGUGCAUGUGAAUUCCGUUCUUGGGUCUCUUCCCCCUCUUUCUAAUCCCCCGAUCGUAGUUGGCAAUUCAUUUUCUUUUCCCUCUUUUCUUUGUCACGUUCCGGCAUUCCAUGGAAGCUGGUGGUGGUGGCGGCGACGAGGCCGCUUCUUGUAGUACUGAAAUGACGACCUCUUUGCCAUCUAAGCUGAAGAUUGCCGGGUUUUGGGCAGGGGCGUUGGAUGUGGACUUGCAAGCUUGGACACUGUCCACUCUCAAGCAAGAGAUCGCCCGGCGGUCCAAUUGCCGGCCGGAUACUAUCAAGAUGAUAUGUGGUGGUAAGGUUCUUACCGACGAGCAAGAAGGCAAGACGCUCGUCGAGUUGGGUAUCAAGAACAACGCGAAGAUAUUGGUCACAAGGGUUAAACUGGAGGAAGUGAAGGCUUUCAAGGACGCGAAGUUGGCUGAGGAGGAGCGUACACGACGUCUCGCUAGGAUCAGGGAAGCUGCCUCCUCAUUGGCUGAGAAGCACAUGAAUGCAUCCUUAGCUGAGGAGGACUUUGCUUUUGAGGUUGAAAGUCUGAGCGGUCAGAGAGUGGAUAUGGGCACUGAUUCUGAUCGGAGGGCCAUCAUGAUGGGUUUGAUGCUUCACAGCAAUGGAAAGAAUUUGAUAAAGCAAGCUAAAUAUAAGGAAGCUCUUGAUGUACUUGCAAUAGGAGAGGAGGCUUUUUCUGUUUGUGAUCCUAAAAUUGUUGAGAUGAUGGAUAAUGUGUCAAUACUUCAAAUAGACAUAGUGUGGUGUUAUUUUAUGCUUCGGGACAUCUCAUGUCUCUCAGUGGCGGGGGUUCGACUGGACAAAGCCAGGAAGUCAAUUGAUCGCUCUUAUGCCAAGAAUACUGACCAUUCUAAUCUUCCCCUUGAAGAUCAACAUCUACAACGCAUCACAUAUUUGAAAUUAGAGCUCUUGGAAGGUGUCGUUGCUUAUCAUUGUGGCCGUUUUGAAGAAUCUCGUAAAGCUUUGGCCUCAGCCCAGGCAAAAUAUCUACAGUUUCAAGUGUCUGAUGAGGGAUUAACAAAACUCAUGAACCUGGGCUACAAAGGGCGAGCAGCCAAAAGAGCUUUAAUAAUCUGUAGCCAAGAUAUUGAAAGUGCAGCCAACUUUUUAAUAGAAGAAAGGACAAAGAAAGCCCGUAGAAUGGAAGCAGAUAGGCAGCGGGGUCAAGAAACAAGGGAGCAGAAAAGCUAUGGGUUGACUCCCAAUGGGAAACUAGUCAAUAUGGAGUGUUUGGCUGUCCUCACCUCUCUUGGGAUAGAGAAAAGAAUUGCAGCUGAAGCACUUAGGAGGACUGAGAACGACGUUCAGCGGGCUUUAGAUGACGUUACGAAUCCUGAUAUACAUUGCGAUAUCCAGCUCUCUAUUGUGACAAGGGACAGGACGGUAGAAGAACUUGUUUCAAUGGGCUUCCGAAGAUCACAAGUUGUUGCAGCCUUGAAUCAAACUGGCUCGAAGGAUGACGCAUUGGCUAUCCUCAUCAAUGAGAGAAGCGACGAUCCCCAAACUCCUACAACUGCAAGAGCUGGUGCUAGCUCUUCAAGGAGAAGUGAGAGCGACACACCUUCUGCUGAUGGACAGACACAGGACAUGGUUGCAGAUGCGGAGGUGGAAAAUGAGAUUACGCUAGGGGUCAGUGCAGAUCCAUUGUCUGAACUUGAUGUUGAAGUCAUACAAGAAGGAGAAGCCAUAAGCGAGUACAUGGCACUGCUUGAUUCGAUUGAACGAGAUGGCAGCUCUUGCAAAAAAGCUUGA